CUGGCUCACUCCGGCCACACACUUACAGCUGUCACACGCACGCACUCACGCUUGGCACAGCCAACUGGCAGUCACGCGGUGGUGCCUUGCACUGCCGCGGUGACAGAUGGAACCCUAGUGGUCGUCGUCUUCUUUUUCUCCUGCUUCGACCCCCGCCGACUCGGCUGGACGCUGGACGAGAUCAUCGUCGAGGUUUGUGGCUCUCUGCAGCAAUUUACUGCUGCAGAAUCUGCUUUUCGUUGCAAAAGGGGCAAACGGAUUUAUUCACAAGGUCCGGUCUACUCCACCCUCCACGUUCUUCCCGUGCAACGUAAUGCAAGCUUCCCGAGGAAUUUCCUUGUGGUAAGCUUAGCGCGACCAUCUAGAGCCGAAGUGCAGGCUACCUGUUCGACCAAAUGUCCCAGAAGAAAACCAAAGUCGACGCCGUCCUCGAAGGAGAGACGUAUGGCGCCGGCACCGUAACCGCCCAUGUUGACCGCCUCAGUGACCUCCCAGAUGCGCUCCUCCACAAGGUCAUGUCGUUCCUGCGGGCGUGGGAGGUGGCUCGCACCUGUGUGCUCUCGCGCCGCUGGCGCAACCUCUGGGCCUCUGCGCCCUGCCUCGACCUCCGGGUCUGUUGCAAAGCCCGUCACGGCCGGCUACCCAUGCGACUCGCCAGGUUCGCCAACCACUUCUUGCUCCUUCGGGAGGUGUCUGCGCCGUUGGACACACUCCGGCUCCUGUCCAGCCCAACGUCGUCUGUUGAUGAUGAUUCAGUGCUGUAUAGCCCUAAAUAUGAUGACGACGGGGGGAUUACUGCUCUACGGAUGUCGACAUGUGGAUCCGUGCUGCCAUAAACCGCAGGGCACGGUUUAUCCAGCUUAGUCAUCAUCCAAGGGAUGAUGCCUUCUCUGAUCUUGAGCACGUGCCGUUCAUCUCCUGCCACCUGAAACACCUGCACCUGUCUGGCACAAUGUUGCGAGACAAGACACUAAUGCAGCUCUCUUCUCAGUGUCCUUCUUUGGAAGUCCUGGAACUCAAGGAGUGCUUCCUGUAUGCCCCCCAGAUAUCAUCUGCCUCACUUAUUAGUUUGACCAUGGUUGAGUGCAGGAUCAUGGCUGACCUGUCCAUCGCUGCUCCAAGCCUUGUAUCACUGUGCUGUGUCAUACCAUACCACCGUGCUCCGUCGUUUGAAAACCUGGGGUCGCUGGCUACCGGCACCAUCAUGUUAAAUGACUCUUUCUUGCAUGAUAAGUUUGAAUACAAGUACAAAGAUCGCGAUGAAGAUGCAUUUGAAUGUGAUAGCGGCGACGACAGUGACUCUGAUGAUGACCACUGUGAUAGUGAUACUGAUACCGACUUGAGAACUUCUGACAUAUUGGAUGGUGCUAAAGUUUUAGGUGGCCAAAAUGUUAUCCGCAGCCUUUCAAAUGCUACAAGUUUAGACCUGAUAGCUGAUGCCGGAGAGUUGAUUCUGAAUAGGGAAUUGGAAAUAUGCCAAAUUUUUAGCAACCUGAAGGUGUUAACCCUUGGUGAAUGGUGUAUGGCUGCCGACUUCUAUCCGUUAGUUUCAUUCUUGCAGCAUGCUCCAAAUCUGGAGUCUCUUUUUCUUAAACUUAAAACGGAUCAUGAGGAAAUAGAAGACAAUAUCAGACUGGAGGGUAUAUCAUUUGCUUGCAAGAACCUUACAAUGGUCAAGAUAAAAUGUCCCAAGGAUGACGAAAGAGUUCCUGUGUUAACACAAAUGUUCAUGGCUAAUGGCAUACCCAUCGAAAAGAUAGAUGUCUGUCACCGUCAGACUCGCAAAACUUGUCAUCAAUCCUUGGCCCUAAGGCGUGGAUAUGCUGCUUUGUAGGAACUGCAGUUUCAGCGGUAUCACCGGUAUGAUUUUACCUCUGAUUACAUAGCUUUUCGUUUACUGUAAGGUAUACAAGUCCUAUCUGGUAGUUGCAAUCAUCACUUUGUACUUAACAUAGAUUUGAGGGAUUAGAAACUAGCUAAUACAUUUCAAAAUAGUUGGCAUCUUUGUCUGUGCACAUUCUCCAACGUUAGCAUCUUUGUCUGUGCAUGUUUUCUAAAGUUAUACUUUCACCUCUUUUUCCGUGCAUGUUUCUGAAUCUAUAAAUGACAAGGAAAUGCAAUCCUGCAAGAAUAGCAAAACUGUUGUGACAAAUCUAACAACACCAUUUAAAUAUACCCAAACUGAACAACUAGAAAUAAUUUAUUUAUAAAGUAUACUUAAAUUUGACUAGCAAGAUAAAGAAUGCCAGGUAAUUUACUUAUAAAGUAUACCCAAGCCAUGCUUCCCUCGACAAAGGUCGCAGUGUGUUCUACUGGAAUACUGCUGACAACAAGAAAAAGUAUAGGAUGGUGAAAUGGAAACUUAUGUGUAAACCCA